AUGUCAUCUGAUGGCGAUGAGGUUGCGGAGGAUUACCGCCUUGCCCUCGAGGAUCUGUCCUCUAAUAUGCGUUUUGAGAUCAGCAACUUGACAGUAAUUGCCAGAGAGAACACAGAGCAUGCUCUGGCUAUCGCAGAGGUUCUGCAGCAGCACAUUUUAAAGGCACCACCGAAUAAAAAACUGCCCGCCCUAUAUGUAAUGGACUCCAUUGUCAAGAAUGUUGGCACCCCAUAUACGCUCUAUUUUGGCCGAACUCUUUUCAAGAUAUUCAUGGAAUCAUACUCGGUAGUCGACCAUGGCGUGCGCAGGAAGAUGGAGGAGAUGCUCAAAACGUGGAAAGACCCCGUUCCCGGAUCAAUGGACACACGCCCUGUCUUUUCACAUGAGCUGGUGCGGCCAAUUGAGAAUGCUCUUAUGAAGGCCCGAGCAGCAAGCAUGCCUCAACAGCAGGGCGCUAUGCUAGGCAGACCUCGAUCAGCAAUGUUCCCUAAUCGGAAUACACCGACGCCGCCUGGAAUGCGCGGAUACGCUGGCCCGGCUGGGAAUUUUCCACCACAAUCUCACCCCGUAGAGACCUUGAGCAGUGACAUUCAAAACCUGAUUGUUGCAAUGAGGGCCGAGUUCUCGCAGAACCCGCAUGAUGGCGGAGCACAGAGCAGGUUAAAGGCUCUGUUGGAUCUCCAGAGCGUUGUACAGCACUCCAAUCUGCCACCAGACCAGCUUGAGCUCAUUAAAAACAAAGUAACAGAACUUGCUGCCGUGACAAUAAGGGCCACUCUUGGCCAUAGCUCUGCAAAUUCUACCCCUAUCCCAGCACCCGUGGCGCCGUCUAUGACACUCCCCGUGCAUCCUCCCUCUACUUCUGUAACUCCGUCACCUGUGCCAGCGGCCCAGUCCGCUGCGCCAGUGACUCUUGAUUCACUGCUCGGGAGAGGGGCGAUGGCGGCCUUGCUGAGCAUGCAAUCGGGCAGCUCUCAGCACAACAACUCAACGCCCACGCCUCCGUUUGCUGGCGUCCCUAUACGGUCACCGCAGAUGAAUCACAACGAGCCACCCAAGGCAGCGGCAGCACCACCACCCAUGGCCGCGGCUCCAGCCUCGGGUGCCUCGUCCCUGUUAGAUCAGCUUCGAGCUGCGGGUAUGCUCCCACCUGCGACUCCUACGAAUGUCCCAGCUCCCAGCCAGCCGCCAGUUGCCCCUGUGCUGCCGCCUUCUUUAUUCGCUUCAGGCUUACCAGCGAGCAUUGCGAGCCUACUGGCAGCCCAUAAGCCAGACUCUGGCCGGUCAAGUGCAGAUAGCCCGGCCAGCUCCACCGGAAUAGACUUUGCUCUUAAGAAACAGUUUCGUCCCGAGUCCAUUGCUGCGUUAUACGACGAUCUAGGACCGCCAUGUACGCAGUGCGGCAGGCGAUUCAGGGCUGACGAAGAGGGGAGGAGAAAGAAGACGGCUCAUAUGGAUUGGCAUUUCCAAGUGCACCAGCGGAGCACCGAGGCCGAGAAACGGGGCACCCAUCGGAGCUGGUACGUUGAUCAGCAGGACUGGCUCAAAGCCCGGGAAGCUGUCGACGCGAUCCACGAUGUGUCUUCCAAAGAAGAGUCGGCCCAAGCCUCCAAGGACGCAGAAGGUCCAAAGUACAUCCUCGUGCCAGAUUCAAGCAGCGGCAUUAACAAUGUUUGCCCAAUCUGUCAGGAACGGUUUGAGAACAAGUGGCUCGACACUGUCCAAGAAUGGGUAUGGCUCGAUACAAUGCUGGUGGGCAACCGGGCCUAUCACGCCUCGUGCCGUGCCGAGGCGACGAGGGACCGAGAAUCUACGCCCGGCCAUUCACGGCGAACUCCAGAGCCGGUUCUGGGAAAGAGGAAAGCAGAGGCGGGUCUUUUGUCGCCAAAGACUAGAGUGCAGAAGUCGUUUAUGUAGCGACAUGGGCAUGUUAUUGAUUAAGCGAAAAAGGGAGCGUUAUUUGGGAGGCACUUUGGCGAUUCUACAAUGGUCAAAGAUUUCUAUGGAUGGUUUCUAUGGAUGAUAUGAUUGGGAGAAGGUGUAUACGCAUGGAAACAAAAGCAGCAUACAUGGAUUGGCGUUUGGAUGCAUUGCGAAAUCGACCACCUAUGAUGGUUUUAGUCCAGCUCGACUGAGAGACUUGGGGAGUCUGGUGCCGAUUAUGGGGUUAUAAAGUUAUCAAAUCUGCGUGAAGAUGGAGCAUGAGAUACAAUACACGGCUUGUGUUUCAUUGAUGCUUGCUGACUUUUGACGUUUUGGAUGACGCUGGGCAAGAGAGCGAGACACGUUGAGUGGGUAGAGAGCCGAGACAAAUUCUGAGGAGGAACUGCUUCCAUGUAUUUAGAGACUGAAGCUUAUUCAGGGCAGUCAUACAAUGGCAUAAUAAUUCAAACCUAGUCUGUAUCUUGUGACCUCGG